AUGACUUAUGAAUACACAGACGAGAGAAGCGAGCGCAUUGCGCUCGAGUUCGCUCAAUUCGUUCUGCGCGGGAUGAUCAGGAGCCACGACCACAUCGCGUUCAACCUCGGGACUCAUCGCGGUCGCUCUUUCACCAUUAGCGCCGUUGAUGUGGAGUCUGUGAACGCGAUCCUCUCUUCUGGCUUCACCUACCUCGCGUCAGCACUUUGCAAGUUGCACGGCACGCCGUACUUCGCGCUCGACGUCGCGAACCUUGGGCUGUCUAGCGCCUUCGCUCGCGUCUCCCUCGACAUUCCUGUGUUCAAGACUUUCUCCAUCUCCGUACUGUCGUUUGCUCUCCAAAUCAACAUCUCAAUGGCGUCGUACUCUCUCGGUCGCGUUCAGUUUGGUGAAAAGACCGUCGAAAAUCGGAAGAUUGCGCUCCAGAAGUCAACCGCGGUGGCCCGGUUCAAUGACGUCUGCGCCGAGUGCUCGUACUGUGGGGUGGUCAUCUACUUCACAGCAGGCGGUUCUUACGCUAUCGAGUUUCUUAUGGAGCAUUUGAAGGCGGCGCACGGCGGUCUUUCCAUUGGUGUCUUCGGGGAAGUUUCCGCCCCCGGCGUCGCCACUACGCAUGCGACCUCUGGCACUAUGGAUCUCUUCUCGUCCGACGAGUUUCGUAGGCUUCAUCAUGGUUCGUUCUUGGAGGGCGCGGGUCGCAUGAAUGCACUCGCGAGCGAUCUUAUCGACUUCGCCGGCAAGUAUAAGGAUGUCGUAUUCCAGGCGUAG